UGUCCACCGGUCACUGUUGACCCAUUACAUUUUUAAUUUCUUCAAUUCAUUUCAAAGAACUGAUCAAUACAUAUGAAAAUGCAUUUCUUUGUUUCCAUUCAUUUUGCCUGAGAAUGAUUCCUUGUUUCUGUCGUGUAUUUGGCAUAGCUUUGCUGUCUCGGCCUCAUGUCAGUAAUACCCAGAAGAUUAAUGGAGGCACAGAGUUGUUCACAAGUGAGAAGACUUCAUAUUGUCUACUUCCUCAGUCGAAAUGGCAAAAUCGAACAUCCGCAUCUCGUCCGAGCUCAUCAUCUCUCUAAAAACGGUGUUCGGUUACGAGACGUCAAGAGGUGGAUUGGCGAGUUGAGAGGAAUGAAUAUGCCGGAAUUAUUUUCUUGGUCAUACAAGAGAAGAUACAAGACGGGUUAUGUGUGGCAGGAUUUGGUGGAUGAUGAUUUGAUUAAUCCUAUCUCAGACAAUGAAUAUGUUCUCAAAGGCUCAGAGAUUUUAUCCACCAAAAUUAAAGAACUUUUCUUAACAGAUGAACAGUUAGCAAAGACCAAGGAUCAAUUUCUACAAGAGGACUCAAAAACCACUACUAGCAAAGAAGAACAUCAUCGAGGCCACAGCUCAUCAAAGACCUCAACAAAAUACUCAUCCGAAAUUGAGCAAGAAUCUCCAAGUUUCAGCUCAGAAUCAUCCACAGUGACAGAUGACUCAAUAAAAGCAGAUAAGAUGGAGAAAACAUUGUCCAAAAGUUCUACACAUGAAAAGAAAGAUGAAAAAAACCCAUCAGCUGACGACAAAAAAAAUCGUUCUUCAUUGCCUUUCUACUCGACAUUUUUUAGCAAGAAGAACAAGAAAAAGACCAACAAUGUCAACACUGGUGAUAAAAUGCAGUUUUCAGAUAAUUCAAUGAUUUCACUAUCAGAGCCUCAGCUAUCGAAGAGCAAAAACACUUCAAAUGUGUUUCGUAAUUUGGUCUCUUGCGGUCCCUUGGAAACUAAUGAUUCAGCUGUUGUUGCAAUAAAUAAGCAGAAUAAUAAUGAUGGUAACAAUAGGCCUACUUUCUUGAACAUGAGUUCGAAUGAUUUGAGAAACGUGGUCUGUGGCUCGGCAAAGACAUGCAAAGAGGGUCCUCAGGGGGAGCUUGGAGGGUCUCAAAGGAUACUCAGAACUCCUAAAUGGACUCAACAGCAAUUAUUAUCUUGUGGAAGGUUGUAUUAAUUAAUUCAUUUUAACAAUGCNAAAAAAAAAAAAAACCAACUCGCUGCAUUUUAUUUGCUUUCACAUAGAAUACUUUCAAUAUUUAUAAUGUCA